UGCCCGGGCGGCGGUGGCGGCGGAGCUCGGGCGGGGGGCGGGGGGGCACGGCGGGUCCGCGGGCCCCAUGGGCGGGUGUGUGGGCUCCCACCACGACUCCUCGGGCAGCCUCAACGAGAACUCGGACGGCACCGGAGUUGCUCUUGGUCGUAAUCAGCCCUUGAAAAAAGAAAAACCGAAAUGGAAAAGUGAUUACCCCAUGACAGAUGGACAGUUGCGCAGUAAGAGAGAUGAGUUUUGGGACACAGCACCAGCUUUUGAAGGUCGCAAGGAGAUUUGGGAUGCCCUCAAGGCUGCUGCACAUGCUUUCGAAAGCAACGAUCACGAACUGGCACAAGCAAUCAUUGAUGGUGCAAACAUAACACUACCACAUGGUGCUCUUACAGAAUGUUAUGAUGAACUGGGCAACCGAUACCAGCUUCCUGUCUACUGCCUCGCCCCACCUAUCAACAUGAUAGAGGAGAAGGGUGACCUGGAGACUCUGGAUAUUCCUGAUCCCCCACCCAAUUCAGGACACGAAUGCCAGCUUCGUCUGCGCCUGUCCACAGGCAAAGACCUCAAACUCAUGGUCCGCAGCAUGGACACGGUGUACCACAUGAAGAGGCGGCUGCAUGCAGUGGAGGGAGUAGAGCCAAGCAGCCAGCGCUGGUUCUUCUCGGGCAGGCCGCUGGCAGACAAAAUGAAACUGGAGGAGCUGAAAAUCCCAAAGGACUAUGUGGUGCAAGUCAUCGUGAGCCAGCCCUUAGCAAAUCCCACCCCAGUGGAAAACUGAUUUCUGCUCAUUUAUUGAUUCUUCUUUCCUCUGUCUCUGUCAUGGGGUUUGUUUUCACUGCCCUCUCCUCUUUCAGUUUGUUCUGCUAAUGGAUUGGUUCCAAGAAAUGACCAGCAAAAAUUCCAUCUGUGAUGGAGAUCUGCAAAAACAAAAUGUAAAAAUGUAAACUGGCUUUUGGGGUUUGCCUGAUCGCAUAUUUCACACAACAGCAAGCAGCACAGGGCAAGGGCAUAGGAAGGGAACGGGAAGGGAAAAGGGAGGAGAUACAAGGAGGGAGGGAAGAGAUUGUAGUUCACUUAAUAAAAAAAUGUAAUGAUUCUCAAAACUGUAGGUGGUGUCCUGAUCCACAGAGCCAGAACAACAGUGAGCACUUUUAUUUAAAAAAAAAAAAAAAUUCAAUUUAUAAAAUUUCAUAUCAGCACCACAUACAGUUGAUGCAAGAAUCGCAGCUGCUCUGGGUAGGUCCCACGCUGCCUGUUUUCAGGGAUCUUUUCUGGUUCGACCUAACUCUCAUGCUUUGCCCCGGCACCACUGAGGCACAGUCUGUCCCCGGCACUAGAGCUGGGCUGGGAGCUCGGUCUCUAUCACAGGUGGGCAGCUCCUGGCGAUGCUCAAACCAAGCAAUUGUUACAUUCCAAGAUGACAACGCAGUCCUGUGCCAUUGCUGGCUCCCAAGCUGGGAAUGCAGCCUUCUGGAGCCUUAGGCAAUAACUUAGUCAAAGUAUACUCUCGCGAACUGUACUGUAAACUUAUUUGCUACAAGACUGACUUAGCCUGAAGUUUACUGGCUGACCAGCGUCUGGUAGGUGCCUGCUGAAAUAUUGUGUGUCACUCAGAUCGUUAAAACAAGCUUUGAGCAGGUUGGCUGAGGGGAGUGAUGUGCUGGCCUGUCCUUAAGCGUUAGGCACAUUGCCUUUGUCAGAUGGCACCAGCAUAACAGAUCCAGGUUAUACCGCAGUUACACCCGGAGGCAAUGGAUUGCAGCUUCCCCUGCUCAGUUCCUGGAGGGGAGAUGGUAAGGAGAACACAUCAGCACAUGAUUUUCAGCUUUUUGUGUGAGUGUCCUUUGAAGCAGCAGCCAGUUUUUGAGCUGUGGUGACUCUCCAGGAGAACAACUGGAGGUAUCCUCACUGACACGCACCCGCGACCCAGAGCUUGACAGUGGUAUUUCAUACCCAGUGCUUUCCAUUCAGAAUGUAUGAGCAGCCCUUUCGGCAAACGACAAAUCCUUUUGUAAUCUCAAAAAUUGGAAUCAGAGCAUAUCCGUCAGGGAAUCUAAUUGCUUGUUCCCUCAGUUAGCAGUGUUCUCUGUGUUCCUUUGGCUGCUCUGCACCCCUGGCUGGUAAUGCCUUUGGUUCAGUUCAAAUGCCCUGUUCCUCUUAAAUGUGAUUUCUAGUUUGCUUGGUUUUUUCAGCUGUCAUUGAAAUGACUUCACUUCUUCCAAAGUCGAAUGUGCUAUUCAGGUAUGAAUAGCUUAUUUUUAUUGGUUUCUGUCUUCCUUCUCUGAAUCAAUGAUCUAAAGCUACAGUUGUCACAGCUUUUUCUUGUCUGCUAGUGAAACUGGUGGGUUACACUGACAAUUUUAAACUUGUUACUUUUGCUCCUUCAUUAAUUCCAUGGAACACAGUUUCUUGGACUCAAAGGGAGUUCUUGCUCCAUGAGCAUCAGCAUAGAGCCAGAACGAGCAGAGGUCACUUGUACAACAUCACAAGCCUUUCCCAGCAGGUGGAAGCAGGCGUAGAAUUUACAUUGAUGGUUGGAAAACAGAGCCACAUUUUAUAUGCAUUUACUACCCUACCCCAAAUUAAUACAGCUUUCUGUUUGGUCCCUGUGUUGCAAUAAGCCCAUGGUUUUGUGACAGCUCCUUUAGCCCCCAUUUGGUACAGGAUGACUGAAGUGCAGUGGCAGAGCAGUGUGAAGGAAAAAUAGCUCCCUGUUCUCAAGAACACCAAAGUGACUUUGUUUUCUUUUCUCUUUUUAAAGAUGAAAUUAAAGCUGAUAAUUAGUAAUCUAUAACAAAAGGUUUCUAUUGUGGAGGUUUUUUUAAAGACAAAUACAACUUACUAUACUGGGGUUUUGCAGCCAGAUCUUUUGCGUUGCAGAGGUGGAAAAGAAAUACUUGAUGUAUUAACAACUCAAAAAUCUCUUGGAUUUUCCCUGGGCGAAGGAUGGUUUAGUGCCAGGAAGACACUACUUGUCUCGUAAGGCAUAACUUGCAUCUCUGCAUAAAUGAUCUUUACGAUGUCAUUUCCCUGCAGUCCCUUCUGGAAGGGGGGAAAUUGUCAUAGAUUAACGAGCAAUAAACCAGAGGGACAGUUCUGUACCUGAAUACUAAAACACUACUUUUUUUUCUAUAGGAUAUAUUUUGUCGAUGGGGUUUUUUUUCUGUCUUUGUUCAGGCCAUUAUCACCAUGUACUGUUUUUGAGAUUACAGCCUGUAGGGGCUGGGAGAGCUCCUUUUUUUCCCUUUCCAUCCUCUUACUUGGAAAAGGUUUGGGUUUAUUAUGCUAUAAUAGGUGACUGUGUUUUAUAUUAAUUGCUUUUAUGGCAGAGAGCAAGGUGAUCUGAAGGCUGUGUUGUGGAGAAUUGAUUCAUGAAAAUACUCUUUUUUUUUUUUUUUUUUUCCUCUUAACAACUUCCCUCCGUUCCUGUCCCUUAAGCACAUAUCUAAGACUGAAAAAAUUCAAUGAGAAAAUGUUUUUGUAUGUGGAAAUGAAGACUUUUCAACCUCUUCUGUAUAAAACAAGAGAUGUGCUAAGUGCAUACCCUGUUGGAAACAAGCGUUACAAGGUUUGUAUUAGGAAAGAGUUCUAAGUUUAAAAAAAAAUAUAUAUAUAUAUAAAAUAAUCAGUAAUGAAGGCAUACAGCAUGUUGACUAACGUAUCCCAUGUAUGUAACUAGAGGUUGCAGUAUACAUUCAGAGAACAGUCAUUUCUGUCUUCAAAAAUGCCUUUGUCCUACAAGAUGGUCUUCAGCGUAAACGCCAGUGCAGGAAACCAGGCUGAGGCUCCCGUGGGAUUCGUGGGUUCCUGGGGCAGAGCAGGGCUUCCCUGCGUGCCAGGAGGAGGGAGGGAAGGCUUGUCUCGUUGCAGAGCAGGGGAGGCAUGGCUGAAGUGAGACUAGCCACAUACUAAGCCACUGUUUAGCUGGCAGUCCUGCUGAGAAGGCAGCAUCGCUGCAGGUCUGCGGGGCAACACCAGUGGCUGCUUGUGGGGAGGAUGGAUAGAGGCACACUUUGUGUGCAUCUUUUCUUUGCAGUGUGGCUGUACAUUGAGCUUGCAGCUCAACAUUGCUGGCAGCAUGCUCUGGGCUGGGUUUUGGUGCUCCAGUUGGUGUGCCGCCUUGCACCGUGUGCUGUCUUAGAUAUAACUGAAGCAAGACAGCAAGUUUUUUAGCACAUACAGCCAUGAACUGCAAUGCCAAGUACAGGCAAGUGAGGAGUAAUAGGAUUUUUGUUUUCGUUAGACAGUUCAGCACUUUGUGUCAUUCCUAAUUAGCUCUGGCUAUGGCUAUGAACUGAUGCCAGAUAACACUUUUUACUGUGUCAGUGACAGGUCUGUUUGAUGUGAUUCAAUUUUUUAUACUUAUUGUUGCUUCUGUUUGUCCCAGAAGUAAUGAUCUAGUGAAAGUUCACACUCCUGAACAUCUUGAAAAGGCAGAAAGGCACGAAUGCGCAUACUCUGAUGGGGUGAGGGAGCACGAAAAAAGCUGCAGAUGCUGUAGGUAUGUUGCUUGGUGCGCUACAGAAGGAUGCUCAGGGUCGUCUUCCACAACCAAGUGACAGCUGCUCCUUCUGAGCACCCAGCUCCCCAAGUUUCAUUCACUACUUUGGCUCUUCGUGUAUCACAGUUUUGUGUCCUCUGCAGAAGACACAGCUUGGAAUAACUUUUUUUUAGUUUUCUGAAAGCCUUUGCUUCUCUGGAUCUGGUAAAUAUUUUGGAAUGCUAAAGUAUGCAAAUCAGCAGUGUAGUAAGUUGGAAUUUUUAAUAGAACCCCCUAAAAAACCUCACCCCAGGAGAAACCAAACCCAGCGCCUAUUUGACUUUCACAGAAAGUUCCUAAGUUGCUUUGGGGAAGAGAAGGAAGAAGGGGUUCGUUGGAGCAACAAAGCAACACAUUGAACGUGCAUAAGCUUUGGUAAAGCAGAUGUCCGUUGGAUAAAAUACUGCUGUAGUAUGCCGUGCUUCUGCAUAUACAUCCAUUGUUGGUAAAUAAUUUAAGAACUUCUGAAAAACUUAAAAAAAAAUAAAUAAUAAUCUUAGUUUGUUACAAUGGUGGGAUGCUUUUAGCCAUGGAGUUUUGAAAGCAUUUUAACCGUGUAAGUGCUGACGAAUUGAAUGCUGUACAUUUCUCCAUUUCGAACUUCUUCGGAAGCUUUAGUGGUAGCUACAUUUCUGACUCUUGAGCUAUAUUUUACAAACGCUUUUCUAUGUCACUGUAAAUACAUCAAAGACCCUGCACCUUAUGCAGAGAAUGUUUACAUUUUAAAAAAAAAAAAAUGUUUUUUGUUGGCUUUUUCACUGCGCUGCUCAGAUCCCGUCAUGCUGAAAUGAAAGUAGUCUCUGUUAGAAAAAGGGGCUUUUUUUAUUAUUAUUAUUUGCCCUUCACCACUUCCCCUGUAAUUCUGAUUCCCUCCUGGCUGAUGGCUGGCAGCUCUCGGACAGCUUGCGCUCUCCUGGAAUAGGCUGUAGAGAGAGGUGUUUUUGAAACUUGCUUUGGGUGGGGGGAUGAGCUUCGUACACUCUGCAGACUUUCUUGGAAGAAGAAAAAAUCUGCUUCAACCCCACUAGAUGUUGGUGGUCUGCCUUGCAAGGUAACUCAUCUAGGAAGGAAGCCUUUGAGUUAAACUUUCCAGCAACCGUGCUUCUUUCUUCUCCCAAAGAAGAUGAAUGUCCUGCUAUUGUAUCUGCAGCUACAAACACUUCUGUUGGUUAAUGACUGUAUAUACAAGUCUGCCUGCUCUAAGACUUUUCCUUCUCAUAAAGUGUUUUUGAUUGCUCUGUUCUGCAAAUGGCUCUCCUCUUCCAUAUUUCAUCUGCUUAAAUACUCCAUCGCCGCGUGUGUUGCUCUUGUUCAUAGGAGAUGGAGCUAUAGCUCUCCUUCUAAGGGAGAUACAUGCCACUGAGCCUACAAAAGUCAAGUAGUUGGAAGAUGAGAUAUUUUAACCAGCGGGCUUCUCACCUUGGACUUUGAGACUUACAACAAGCGUGUCCACUGGGACUCUCUAUGAAGACAUAUGUUCCUGCCCUCCAAGCAGGGCCACUUGUUGGGUAUUUAUCCGGUUAAACUCUGUAUUUGUAUAUUUUACAGAUGAAGACCAUUUGAUCAGAACCAUGGGGCAAAUAGAGAACUUAAAAUCCUGACUCCUGCCUUAAAACUUUUGGUUAAUCUUGAGCUCCAAAAAUUCUGCACCUGCUCAUUCUGAAGUUCCUUUUUUGAUAUAGGGAAUUUGAAUCCAGUCAAAGUCUGGAGACAAUUUAAGGAAAUUUAAAACAAAAUAAAUUUUAGCUGAUGGCUUUAUUAAAAUAACUAACUGGUCUUGUAUUAAAAACCCUGUUUGUGCCUCUUAAGUCCAGGGAAUGUUUAAAAAGUGGAGGUGGCUUUUGAGCAAUGAUUGAAAUGACUGCAUUAGUUGGCAAUUUGUAAGACACUUGCUUUCAUAUGCUCUGAGCAAGAGACUCCGGUUUGUGUCCUCUCUGCCUCAUGGUAAUGGCUUUCAAAGAUGGCUGGUACCAUCAAAUUUGUACUUCUUGAAUAAAUAUCUUCAUUUUUAUGGUAAAACUUUUUGUAUGCAGUUUGUUUGUGUGUGCCAUGUAAAAAACAUUACAAGGAUGCGAUGCUAGAUUUGGUACUGACACAGAAAAUACACAGCUCCAACAUGCAGUGAAACAAGGAUAAGGGGAUUCCAGUGAUGUGACCUUUUCCUUCCCUGUAACUUUUAUAAAAUCUGUUAGAAUCAAAUACACCAGCUGUGUAAAACAUGCUUUUUUUAACUUUUUCCCCUCCCUGUCUCCUUUAGUCAACGAGGAAUUCUAAGCCAAUGUGACGAUGCUGUGAACAUCAGGUAACUUUUAAAAUGCAUUCUGUAUUUUUAUCUUGUACCUCUGUUUCUUGGUUGAAAUUGCAGUAGCGUGCACAUAUUUUUCAUCAACAGCAAAGCAGUAGUAGGUUCUCUUUAGACUGUUAAAAUAUGUGGUUUGGGGUUUUUUUUUACCAUUGAGAACAAACCAUCAUGAACUUCUAUCAGAAAUGCUGUACAAAAUUUCCUGUAUUUAAAACAAAAAAGAGAAACUUCCCCCCCUCGCAUUUAAAAAAUAAA